UAUUUUAUAAGCACACAGAAAGGCUGGAAGAACGUGAGCCAAGGGACGCCCACCUUCGAGAGCCCACAGAGUGGAUUCCACGGCGAUGACUACAUUCUUGUUUUGAGCACGAAGUUUCUUUCAAGAGCUGUUUUAAGGGCAGAGCCGCUCUAGGCCCCAGCAGUGUCGGUGUCCACCAGGACGCAGAGAUGGGAUGCCAGAAAGCUGAGCCCGGAAAUGUGGCGCUCCCGGGAUGAUCGGCCAGGAUGGGGGUGGGGAGAGCAAAAGGGACAGGCGUGGGAGCACCUGAAAACAAAACUCGCUCUUCCCCUGUGGUCUUGACCCAAGUUCAUUCGAGAACCCGAGUCUCGUGGUUGCUUUUGGCCGCACUGUCGAAGGAUCAUCUUUCCCUGGACUCUGAGCGAUGGCGGCGCUGUGGCCCGCCCCUGCACCCGAGAACCCAGAUGACAAGUGCGAUAGAGCCGCAGGGCUGGGACAGCGCCCGGUGUCCCGCAGCCCGCGCGCAUUGCACAGGCCCGGGAGUGCGUCCCGCACCAGCGGGCCACGGUUCCGGGCCGCCUCCUCCCAGGCCCCGCGGGACUGGGAUCAUCGCACAAGGCCCUCCUCCCAGCCAAGGUGGAGGAAGUUGCCGGAGAGGCGGGAGGGGGCCCGCGCCUGUUGUUUUCCGCCAGCCGGGCGGGCUAGGCGCAGGGGCGGGGCGCGCGCCCGGGAGGCGAUCGCCGGGACUUGGCCGGAGCGUCCUAGCCUGGGAGCCCCUUGUUGAAGGCCAGGGGGUCCUAGGAGCCCAGUGCACCCAGAACCCCGCGCUUUCCCUGGUGUACAUCUCGGGAGCGAUGGCCGGAGUGCGCAUCCUGUUGUGCCUCGGGGUGCUGCUGGCCCGCCAGGGUUCCGCAGGUAAGGGACUCGCCACCCUCAACCUGGGGAUCCAAAAGCCCCAAAAUCACAUACGGCAGGACCCACCGAAGCGCACGUGGAGAGGAAAGGUUGUUGCCCAUCAACCAAAAAAAAAUGUGUUAACACCCCCCCCCCACUUUCCCUUUACAGACCUAGGGCCUGUGGCCAUCGGUGAAGUCCAUGAAGAUAUCAGGCUACAUUGUGGCAACGUGACAGGACCCAGGGGCCUGGUGACCUGGUACCGGACUGACUCGGAGCCCGUCUUCCUCCUGUCCUCCAAUUCCAGCCUCCCUCCAGCUGCGCCUCGUUUCACUCUAGAGGAUGCAGCUGCCCUGCACAUUGAGGCACUGAGCCUGCAGGAUGACGGCAACUACAGCUGCCAGGAGGUUCUGAACGAGACCCGCUGGUUCCCUGUGUGGCUGCGGGUGGCCAGUGGCCCCACCCAUGUUGAUUGUAACAUCUCAGCCACCGGGGCCCUCCCUAAUGGCACCCUGUACGCAACCAAGGGUUCCCAGGUGGACUUCAGCUGCCGCAGUGCUGCGCAGCCUCCCCCCGAGGUGGAGUGGUGGAUCCAAGCCCACAACAUCUCAGAGUUCCUCGGAAAGAACCUGUCGGACAACAGCUUCACCCUGAUGCUGAUGUCCCAGAACCUUCAAGGCAACUACACCUGCUUGGCCACCAACGUGCUCAGCGGGAGACAGCGAAAGGUGACCACCGAGCUCCUGGUCUACUGGCCCCCUUCAUCAGCCCCUCAGUGCUCUGUGGAGGUGUCUUCGGACUCGGCCACCCUGGAGCUCACCUGUAGUUGGGAUGGGGGAUACCCUGACCCGACCUUCCUGUGGACCGAAGAACCUGGGGGAACGAUCGUGGGGAAUUCUAAGCUGCAAACACUGAGCCCAUCCCAGCUGUCGGAGGGCAAGAAGUUCAAAUGCGUUGGGAGCCACAUAGUGGGACCAGAGUCGGGAGCCAGCUGCGUGGUACAGAUCUCGAGCCCCUUACUCGAGUCUCAGCCCAUGAAAACUUGCUUCGUGGGGAGCAGCGUGACGCUCACCUGCCAAGUGACAGGAGCCAACCCACCUGCCAGGAUCCAGUGGCUGAGGAACCGCACGCACCCAGGGGCCGCCGUUGAGCCCGGCCCCCGCCAUCUCAUUACCCAGCACGGCCAGAGCUCCUCUCUCACCAUCCACAGCUGCUCCCAGGACCUGGACGGAGGCUUUUACGUCUGCCGGGCCGAGAACCUCGUGGGGGUGAGGGCAGUAGACAUCUGGCUGAGUGUGAAAGAGCCUCUGAACAUCGGAGCCAUUGUGGGGACCGUGGUGAGCCUCCUCCUGCUGGGACUGGCCAUUGUCUCUGGGCUCAUGCUGUACUACAGCCCUGUGUUCUGCUGGAAAGCAGGGAGCACUUUCAGGGGACAGGACAUGGGUGACGUCAUGGUUUUGGUGGAUUCGGAAGAAGAGGAGGAGGAGGAAGACAAGGAAGAUGUAGUUGAAGAGGUGGAGCACGAGAGAAAUGAAGGAGAGGAGAUGCCGAGAGAAACAAGCAAGUAUGGACGUGUUCACAGAGUGACUGCGCUUAUCAAUGGGAACUUGGACCGCAUGUGCAGUGGACUCCAGGAGCUCCAGGAUGACAGUGGUGAGCAGCAAAGUGACAGUGACAUAGCUCAAGAGGAAGACAAGCCAGUUUGA